AUGGGUAUCAUGAAUAAUAACAUCGAGAGCUUGCAAGCUGAAUAUAUUCUUCAAAACAAAGCUAAAAGAGACAAGCGUAAAACAAACAUAGAUAAAGUCGCUUCAAAACAAGACACCAAAGGAAAAAAGUCAAAAUCAAGAAAGAAUAACAAAUCAGUUACUAUUAUCAAAUAUAAUGAUAAAAACAAAGUUUAUGCUUUAAAAAUAAAAGAAACAUACACAAAUAUUAUAGGUCGCCAAAAUACUACUAAAAUGGGGUCGACGUGUCAAGUGUAUCGCGUCGAAAAAUCUUCCCCUUGCGAAUCACAUGAAGCUGAUUUAAUUUUGUCCGUAUCGCAGAACAAAAUAAAUAAGAAAGGAAAAAAGGAACAGAACAAAAGCAAUAGUAACGUGGCCGUAGUGAAAGAGACAGUAGUAGCUCCUGAAUUUCGAAAACGUCAAAUAGACAAUUCACAAGUUCCGGAACAAAUAAUGCCUUCAAUAGAAGAAAUAUAUUAA